AUGGCCUCCAACGACCCGCCACAACCUUCCCGCUCGCCCCGCGACGACCUCUCCGAAUCCCAGCUCCUAACCCGGCCCUAUCCACCCUCAACAUCCACCCCCCCUCAGGCCUCCCCACCAUCCUCCCCCUCUCCCUCCUCCGAAGACCCCUUGGCCUCAGAUCACCCCCUCUCCCUCUCCACCUCCACCCUCCUCACCACCCACGUCCCCACCGACGCCCGCACCGCCCUCUCCCACCUGUCCGCCACCCUCGACCCCCCAACCCACAAGAUCACCGUGCGCUUCCAGGCCACAGGCGACGCGCCCCCGCUGAAGCAAAAGGUCGCGAAAGUCAGCGCCAGUCACACGUUUGCGGUCGUCGUGAGGUUUUUGAGGAAGAGGCUGUAUGGUGAUGGGGGCGGCAAUCAGGAGGGAGGGCAGCAGGGCAAGGGCAAGGGGAAAGGGGAGGGGGAGGGGGAUGGGCUGUUUUGCUAUGUCAAUCGCGUGUUUGCGCCUGGGUUGGAUGAGGGGGUGGGGAAUUUGUGGAGGUGCUUCAAGGUCGAUGAUCAGUUGAUCGUCUACUAUUCUAGGACGCCGGCUUUCGGAUAA